AUGGAGCCUCAACCAGGCGUUAUAGGCUCACCAGGGCAAGGGCCCCUGAAGUUCUCACGGUAUCGCUCGGUAAGACAGGCUGCUGCGAAAAAGCAGCAAGAGGCUACUCAGAAGAAGCCCCACAAUGAAACCAUUGCUCAGAGCAUGUCUCGAUACAGACGAGCAAGGUUGCCAGCAGUUACUCAUCCGCCUCCUCCUGAGCCUCAGCCUCCAUUGCCGCAGCUCGUUGAUCGGUCGCGAGUGGAUGCAAGCAAAGCCGAUCGAUGCGAGAUUGGCACUCCGCGGAACGUUUCUAACUCUUACACUCGUAUCGGAGGACAACUUGAUAGUUCUCAGGAAAGCGAGAGCGAGGACGAUGAGGAAGAUGAUGCUAUACGAGAGCGGAAUAGAAGGGAAGCUAUGGAAAGGUUGACCUCUGAAGAACGACAAAUGACACCAGAGAAAGUGAGGGCCACAAGGGAACAUAGGGAAAGAAGGGACCACGACAGACACAGAGAAAUGAAGGAGCCAGGAUUUAUCACGGAACAUGCCACUAGGCGUGAUGUUUCUGAUAGCACGGUAUCGCCAAGGAUGUCAUGGAAGGCCCGAAUUACGCGUUCGAAGAGCCGUGGACGUUCUCAGCGAGAAGCGAGUGAAACCAAACAAACCGCCACAGACGACGGAUCCUCAGGCAAGAAUAUCGAGCCUGGUGGAGGAGGAAUCGUCCCAGGCUUCGACGCUCCCGUCUCCGCUGUGAAUGCUGGCGAGAGAAAGGUCACUGUGAAAUGCAAUGAGUCUGGCAUCGUGGUGCCAGUGACCCCUACCACUUGUUCCCAGGAUAUCAUUACUUUCGCGUGCAAUGUCCUUUCUGAACCGAUUGAUCCCCAGAGAUCUAUCCUGCUUGAAUCAUUCCAUCAACUUGGGCUUGAGCGACCAUUGCGGAGAUAUGAGCAUAUUCGCGAUGUACUGAACUCUUGGGAUUCUGAUAAUCAAAAUUCUCUGGUUAUUAUACCUGCUUCUAGUUCGUCCGCGAUAGAUGAACUCGAUGUCAAGGCCGUUCCGGAACAACAGCCCGAAGAACAAACCUUCCAUAUAUACCAUUCUCAACGACCAGGGAAAUGGGAUAAGCGCUAUGUGACGCUUCGCGCAGAUGGCCAAGUCGUAAUGGCCAAGAAACUGGGGCAUGAACAAACGAAUGUUUGUCACCUGUCAGAUUUCGAUAUCUACUCGCCAACUCCACGUCAAUUAGCGAAGAAGAUAAAGGCCCCCAAGAAAAUAUGCUUCGCGGUCAAGAGCCAGCAAAAGUCGAGCAUGUUCUUGAGCACCGAGAACUUUGUCCAUUUCUUCUCCACUAAUCACCGCGACAUCGCUACUCAAUGGCAUAAAGCCGUCCAGGGAUGGCGGAGCUGGUAUUUGGUAAACGUUUUGGGUCAGGCUCAGAAGGAUCAAGGCCCUAUUCAGACUACCCACCCAACACGAUAUCAGCAGCAUAUGCACCAGAAAAACAACCAGUCACAUGCUCCUGCAUCCUUUCCGAAGAAGCUCAGUCUUGAUACUCAGCACCUCGAUUCGCGCCACCUCAAGGACGUACCGCCGAGAUCAGACUCUUCUCAGAAUGUUGAGGAUGCGACCUUUUCACCAACAGGACUUCUCGGAAGGACAUACAGCCAGCGGCAGCGAUUAAUGCGUGAAAGAGAGCGUGAAAGAGAGCGGAAGGAAGCCGAAGAGGGGCCGUUCUCUCCUCAUGGUUUACUCAAUGCGCUCAGUCCGACUGUUUCUCCACCAUGCUCCCAUCCAUUCAGCAAUCCGUCAAGUCGUGUCAAUAGCCGCACAAAUACUAUGCGCUCCACCCACGAUCCGGACACUGGCAAUUCUGAUCUCAAUCGGUCUACUUCGACUCGUCAAAAACCUCUCGUUGAUCUCACGCCAGUUUACCGGGAACCGCCACAACAUGCGCGCAAGGGUCAUGGAGUAACGGUCGCUCCUGGUGUUCCUCUUGUCGAUGCUGCAACUGGUCCUGAGCUAGCACCGGGAGCCAUCGUAGUUCCUAGCGCGACAACUUGGAGACGGCCAGCCCAGCAUGGCGUUCCUGCGCUUCCUGAUGAACCCGCAGACAUGUCUAAUACUGGUGCUGGCAUACCCAAACGCUCCAAUACUACUCGUAGCCGCAAGCAUGGGAGCGGCCAUGAGCAUGGGACAAACGGAGCUUCGUCGACCUUGGUGGAUUACAGUAUAACAUCCCCUGACAGUCAGUUUGCACCGAACAGUCUUCUGGCCCGUGCCGACAAACUUGCAACUGCUCAGGGAGGCGUAGGAACUGGGCAUGGUGUUGCCUCCGGCGACCGCAACGCUACGAAGCCACUACUGGACCUCACCCCGCAAAGUCAGUUUGCUGAGGGUAGUCUCUUGGGCAAACUGGAGUCCUCGUAA